CUAUCAAGAAAUGAAGGUUAAGACGUUGUGUGCUGGACUGCGAAAUCUUCUCCAAGGGCCGAGCUUCACUGUCAGAUACUACUCUAAGCAUAACCACCUACAAACAGUAUGUCUUUAUAGUAAAAUAAAACCAAAAAAAUGCCACAUCCUGAACUGUUCAGGAAGUGCAUGCACACGCAAGGCUGUGCCACCUGGAAGCAUCCUGCCGUGGAGAUUCUUUUCCUGCAAGGAAGGAACAAAAAUCCCUUCCAAAAGGAAGCAAAAUACAUCCAUAAUAACAUCAGAGCUUUUGUACAAGAAUCUCCUGAAAUCAGAGCAGGAAAACUGGAAUGACAUUUCAGCAAGAUACAAAGCUAUGACAAAAAGAAUCAAAGAAAAAUUGAAAGAAUUGCACAAGUAUGCAUUCAAUUCAGGAAGCCCAAAGAUCAGGUUUGGAGAGAAUGUGUACUUUGAAGAGAAUGGCUGUGUAUUUCUUUCAAAAGCAGAUGAUGAUGAAGGAAAUGUUGACAUUUUAUUCAGUACUGAAGAUCUUGGCUUUUCUGAUGUCUUUAUUCAACGGAUCAGAAUUUCACCAGAUCAGAGAUACAUGGCUAUCAGCUUAAAAAGUGAAAAUUCUGAAGAGGCAACCUGCGUUAUUAUGAAACUUGGUAAUUUUCCAGUCAUGGAAAAAGUAAUUUCAAAUGUAUUCAGUUUUGAAUGGGCUACAGAUGAUGUUCUGUAUUACACAAGUCAGAAGAACCUUAAAUGCCAGAAUGUGUUUAUGACCACUUUCACUAAUCAGAAACAUACUAAGUUAGUUUAUACAGAACAAGAUGCAAGAUUCUUUGUGGACCUGUAUUGCACAAAAGAUAGGCGCUUCCUCACUAUCAACAGCAACAGCAAGACAACCUCUGAAGUUUGGCUGGUUGACUGUAGACAUCCUUUUAAGUUACCCGCUCUUGUACAAGCACGAACAAAAGGGGUCAUUUACCACGUUGAGCACAGAAAUGAUGAGUUAUAUAUUCUCACUACCUAUGGAGAACCUGGAGAAUAUAAGUUGAUGAAGGCACCAGUAGCUUCCAGUGGUAUGGAGAACUGGCAGUUAGUUUAUGCAGUGGAAGAGAAAACCAAGCUAGUAGACUUGGAGAUGUUCAGUGAUCACUGUAUUUUGUUCCUGAAGAAUGCUGGUUAUCUUUACUUAAGUGUGAUUUCUUUUGUUUCAUAUUCAGUUCAGUCAAUAAAGCUACCUACGUGGGCCUGUGAAUUUGAAUUGGAAUCUCAUCCUGAACAUACCACCAGCACUUGCUAUUUUCAGCUCACCUCUCCAGUACACCCCCCUAAGCGUUUUGCAUAUUCAUUUGAAGAAAAUAAUCUCAUUGAACAUGCUGUGCAAGAGGUACCAAUUAUAACGAAUUGUCACACUACACGUUUACUAGCUAAAAGCAAGGAUGAAACUUUGGUGCCAAUUACAGUUUUUCAUAAUAUGAAUUCUAAAGAGCUACACAGGAAACCACUUCUGAUUCAUGUAUAUGGAGCUUAUGGCAUAGAUUUGAACAUGAGCUUUAAAGAAGAGAAGCUGAUGUUAAUUGAAGAGGGUUGGAUAUUAGCAUAUUGCCAUGUUAGGGGCGGAGGAGAGCUGGGCCUUAGGUGGCACAGAGAUGGAUGUCAGUAUAAUAAACAGAAAGGUCUCCAUGACCUUAAGGCUUGCAUCAUGCUGCUGCACGAACUAGGAUUUUCUCAGCCAAAAUACACAGCACUAGCUGCUGCCAGUGCAGGAGGAGUUCUUGCAGGAGCCCUGUGCAACACUGAUCCAGAACUUAUCAGAGCCAUGGUUUUACAGGCUCCUUUCGUAGAUGUUCUAAAUACAAUGAUGAAAACUCAUCUCCCACUGACAAUUGAAGAACAGGAAGAAUGGGGAAAUCCAUUAGCAGAUGAAAAAUGUAUGAAGUAUAUCAAAAGCUAUUGUCCAUACCAGAAUAUUAAGACACAGUGUUAUCCUUCAGUUUUUAUUACGGCAUAUGAAGAUGAUCAGCGGAUACCACUAAUAGGAGUUUUACAGUAUGUUCAGAAACUUAGGGAGGCUGCACUAGAUCAUGCCAGCAGAACAAGUAAGCAAGGAAAUUGGAUCCCUAAUAUUAUCUUAGACAUCCAGGCAACUGGCAGUCAUUGUGAUUCAUCUUGGGAGGAUUCACUGAAUGAGGUUGCAAGACACCUUGCUUUUCUGAACAAAGAACUGGAGGAAGUAUGCCAUCUCCAACGUGAUAUCAAAUCCUGCAAAUAG